UUAAUUUCGUUUUUUUAUUAUAUCAAAAAGUUGGGCUAUGGGCUUGGAAUCAAAAGCUACCGAUUACUUCCCCUACGGGCCUUCGGGGGAUUCAUCCAACCCUGAUUUCAUACUCAGAAAGCAAAGCGUUAAGGUUCAAACUAGCUCCGCUUUCAGUCUAAAAAACGAUCUUCAUGAAGCUCGUUGGGUAUCGUCGAUGGCUGAGAACUCCCAAUGUAGACGGAAGAAGAUUCAGAAAGUUUUGUACAGGGCGGAGGAACCUCGAAGUGGACAAUGAAAAUGAAUCGCAUUUCGUUUAUGUGCUUGAGCAAAUAGUAAGAGGAAAUCAGAGCUGGAAGAUCGCCUUCAACAACUCAUUGAUUUCAGGUAAUAUAAAGCCCCAUCACGUAGAAAGGGUUUUGAUUCGAACUCUUGAUGACUCCAGGUUGGCUUUGAGAUUCUUCAAUUUCUUGGGACUUCAUAGAAAUUUCCAACACUCCACUGCGUCAUUCUGUAUUUUAAUUCAUUCCCUCGUUCAGAACAAUUUGUUUUGGCCUGCAUCUUCGCUCUUGCAAACGCUUUUGCUCCGUGGUCUAAACCCAGUUCAGACUUUUGAGAAUUUUUUGGAAUCUUAUAAGAAGUACAAAUUUUCUUCGAGUUCAGGUUUUGAUAUGUUGAUUCAGCAUUAUAUGCAGAACAAGAGAGUAAUGGACGGUGUUUUGGUUGUAAAUCUCAUGAGGGGUUAUGGGUUAUUGCCUGAAGUUAGAACUUUAAGUGGUUUGUUAAAUGCUCUAGCACGAAUUAGGAAAUUCCGUGAGGUAUUGGAAUUAUUUGAUACUCUUGUGAAUGCAGGUGUUAAGCCCGAUUGUUAUAUUUACACGGUAGUAGUUAAAUGCUUGUGUGAAUUGAAGGAUUUAAACAAGGCCAAGGAAAUAAUUAAUCAGGCUGAGGGGAAUGGAUGUAGUUUGAGUAUUGUAACAUAUAACGUGUUUAUCAAUGGUCUCUGCAAGAGCAAGAGAGUUUGGGAGGCCGUUGAGGUCAAGAGAUUACUAGGUGAAAAGGGUUUGAAAGCAGAUUUAGUUACGUAUUGCACGUUAGUGUUGGGAUUGUGCAGAAUCCAGGAGUUUGAGGUUGGGAUGGAGAUGAUGGACGAAAUGAUUGACCUGGGUUAUGUUCCAAGCGAAGCUGCUGUUUCGGGAGUCAUAGAGGGGUUGAUGAAAAUUGGGAGUACUGAAGGGGCUUUUGAGUUGCUAAACAAAGUUGGGAAACUUGGAGUUGUGCCUAACUUGUUUGUUUAUAAUUCGAUGAUCAAUUCAUUGUGCAAAACUGGGAAAUUGGAAGAAGCCGAGUUACAUUUUAGUGCAAUGGCUGAAAGGGGUUUGAAUCCAAAUGAUGUCACUUAUACUAUAUUGAUCGACGGAUUUGGAAGAAGGGCCAAACUGGAUGUUGCUUUCUAUUAUUUCAAGAAAAUGAUAGAGUGUGGCAUAAGUGCAACUGUGUAUUCGUACAAUUCUAUGAUAAAUGGUCAAUGCAAGUUUGGGAACAUGAGAACGGCAGAGCUUCUCUUCAAGGAGAUGGUCGUCAAAGGAUUGAAACCAACAGUGGUAACUUAUACUUCAUUGAUUAGUGGAUAUUGCAGAGAUGGGUUAGUUCCAAAAGCAUUCAAGAUAUAUCAUGAAAUGACUGGAAAAGGCAUUGCUCCAAAUACUGUUACCUUUACUGCUCUUAUUUGCGGUCUGUGCCAAAUUAGUAAAAUGGCCGAGGCCAGUAAAUUAUUUGAUGAAAUGGUUGAACUGAACAUUCUUCCAAAUGAGGUAACUUAUAAUGUUUUGAUCGAGGGGCACUGUAGGGAAGGUAACACCACAAGAGCUUUUGAAUUGCUAGAUGAAAUGAUUAAGAAGGGCCUAUCACCAGACACAUACACCUAUAGGCCCCUAAUUGCUGGUCUUUGUUCUACUGGUAGGGUUUCCGAAGCAAAGGAGUUCAUUAACGACCUUCACCACAAGCAUCAAAGGUUGAAUGAGUUGUGUUAUACUGCACUUCUGCAAGGUUUCUGCAAAGAAGGAAGAAUUAAGGAAGCGUUAGUUGCUCGCCAAGAGAUGGUAGGACGUGGACUGCAUAUGGAUCUAGUAAGUUAUGCUGCGCUUAUCUGUGGAGCUCUGAAUCAGAAUGAUAGAAUAUUGUUCGAACUUCUAAGGGAAAUGCAUGGUAAAGGAAUGCAGCCGGAUAAUGUAAUAUACACCACUUUGAUUGAUGGGUUCGUUAAAGCAGGAAAUCUCAAAAAGGCAUUUGGAUUUUGGAACAUUAUGAUUAGUGAAGGAUGUGUUCCCAAUACUGUGACGUACACGGCAUUGGUGAAUGGAUUAUUCAAGGCAGGAUAUGUCAAUGAAGCCAAACUGCUUUUCAAGCGUAUGCUGGUUGGUGAGGCCUUUCCCAAUCAUAUAACUUAUGGUUGUUUUUUGGAUCACCUCACGAAAGAAGGAAACAUGGAGAAUGCUCUACAACUACAUAAUGCAAUGCUCAAAGGGAGUUUAGCAAAUCCUGUCACCUAUAAUAUACUUAUCCGGGGUUAUUGCCAGAUAGGAAAAUUUUGCGAGGCAGCCAAGCUUCUUGAUGCAAUGAUUGGAAUUGGUAUGGUCCCAGAUUGCAUUACAUAUUCGACAUUUAUCUAUGAAUAUUGUAAGAGGGGUCACGUGGAUGCAGCUAUGGACAUGUGGGAGUGUAUGUUACAAAGAGGCUUGAAGCCUGAUAGAGUAGCAUUUAACUUUCUAAUACAUGCCUGUUGUCUCACUGGUGAACUGGACCGAGCUCUGCACUUGCGCAAUGACAUGAUGUUAAGGGGUUUGAAACCAACUCGAUCGACCUAUUUAUUAUUCCCUGAUGGUGCAACUUGCUCAACGAGCUAGGUUGACACAAGUUCAGUAGUUGGGGAAUUGAUGACAAUGCUCGAAGAAAACCACGCAGCGGACUUUUAAUAUCUACAGUUGCAAAGACCGGAGGCUCAACAUUGUAGUGAAUAAUACCCCAUGUAAAAUAGAAGCAGGAAUGAUUGUUGUGCAUUAGUGAUAGAUGAUGAGCAAAAUAAGGCGUACAAAUUUUGUUUUGUUCAGGCUGUC